AUGCAUUCACAUCAUUCGCACAGUGGUGACUACAUAUCCCACGCCUAUGAUCCUUUAGAGGAAAUGGUGCAGAACUACAUUGACCGCGGCUUUGAUGUUCUUUGUCUUACGGAACAUAUGCCAAGAUUGGACCAAGUAUACUUGUACCCGGAGGAGAUUGAGAAGGGCUACGGGACGAAACAGUUGCUGGAUGAUUUUAGCAAAUACUUGGUGCAUGCAAAACAAGUGCAAGAGAAGUACAAGGACAAGAUAAAGAUUAUUGUCGGGUUUGAAAUAGAGGGAAUAGAUAAGGCACAUUUGGACUUGUCAGCCAAGACACUUCAGAAUCCUUCUGUGCAAAUGAGUGUUGGAUCAGUCCACUACGUUAACAAGCUCCCAAUAGACUUUUCCAAAGAGCUUUGGAAGGAAGCCAAGGCGGCUAGUGAAGGCGGUUUGACCAGAUCGUUAUACAAAGAUUAUUUCAAAUUGGUGUCCAAUGUAAUUGACUUGAAGCCCCAAGUGAUUGGCCAUUUCGAUUUGAUUCGUCUUUGUCAGCCGGAAGACGAUUUUGAUGAAACUACAAACAAGCUCACCAAGGAUGUCAGGAUCAAAGAGGACUGGCCCGACGUUUGGGAAGUGAUUGUUUCAGUGAUUGAAAAAGCUGGUAGUUAUGGCGCAAUGUUUGAACUAAACUCCGCAGCUAUUCGGAAAGGUUGGGAUUGCCCUUACCCAAAAAGUGAUAUUGUAAAGGCAGUUAUUGAGUAUGGCGGUGGCCGUUUUUGUUUAUCUGAUGAUGCUCAUUCAAUCAAGCAGAUUGGUCUUAAUUACAAAAAGACGUUGCAAUAUCUUAAAGAUCAUGGCGUCUCCAAGUUGUACCACCUUGAUUUGAAGGAUGGCAAGGUUGUCACAGUUGGUGAAGCUAUAGAAAGCAUAGAGAAAUCUCCAUUUUGGGAUGUGUAUUAA